AUGUCUGAAAUAUCCCUCAAUUCAAUUGCCCAAUGGACGGACUCGUUUGAGAAAGACCCUGUCAGCAAGCUGGCCGCGUCUGUGUUUCAGCACGGCAACAUCGAGGAAUUGCUCAUCAACAGGUCCCGCGAGAUCGCAGACGUCCACGUCUUCAACACCAAAGUCCAGCAGGAAGGCGCCCCGGUGACCGACCAGAAGGCCUCCGGCCGCUGCUGGCUGUUUGCCUCCACCAACAUGCUGCGUCUCAAGCUCAUGGCCAAGCUCAAUCUGAAAGAAUGCCAGCUUUCUCCGUCGUAUCUGUUUUUCUACGAUAAGCUCGAAAAGGCCAACUAUUUCCUUGACCAGAUCUGCGACACGUACAAAGAGGACGUGAGCUCGCGUCUGGUGCAGUUUUUCCUCACCGACCCGAUCGGCGACGGCGGCCAGUUCACGAUGAUGACCCAGAUCGUCGACAAGUACGGAAUUGUCCCGAACGCCGUCUAUCCCGACAGCUACAACACCACGGCCUCGCGCGUGAUGAACAAGCUCCUGCUGGCCAAGCUGCGCGAGUACGCGCAGGUCUUGCGGGAGAAGCUUGCUGCAGGCAAGUCCGUUGAGGACGACAAGGCAAAGAUGAUCGCCGAGGUGUACAGACUGCAGUGUAUCUUCUUAGGCGUGCCUCCGGCCCCCGACAAGGAGUUCACGUGGGACUUCUACGACAAGGACGGCAAGUUCCAGACGAUCACGACGACCCCCAAGGCUUUUGUGAAGGACGUGAUCGAGUUCGACACGCCAGAGUACCUUUCUCUGCUAAACGAUCCUAGAAACCCGUACAACAGGAAAAUCAAGAUCGAUAGGCUCAACAAUGUUGUCGGCACAGACCCGGUCACUUAUCUGAACGUGGAGAUCGACGUGCUUGCGGAUGCCGUGGUCAACCGCAUCAAGAACAACAAGGCCGUGUUCUUCGGCACCGACACGCCAAAGUUCAUGGACAACACCAGGGGAAUUAUGGACAUCGACCUCUGGGACUACAGGCUGAUCGGCUACGAUCACCGUGCCGUCGACAAGGCGUCGCGCGUCCUGUACAACCAGUCGCUCAUGACCCAUGCAAUGCUGAUCACGGGCGUCCAUCUGGACGACAACGGCAAGCCGGUGCGCUACAGAGUGGAAAAUAGCUGGUCCAACAAAAAGGGCAGCGAAGGGUAUUAUGUGAUGACGCACGACUACUUCAAAGAGUACGUGUACCAGGUGGUUGUGGAGAAGAGCGAGGUGCCGGAGCUUGUCAAGCUUCUUGACACCGACCCAAUUGUUCUUCCGCCGUACGACCCAAUGGGAGCCCUGGCUAACAUCUAA